GCGCACUGUGGGGUCACCACCUCUAUGUCUGUCCUCAUCGCCGACACCUCUGCACCCCACAGCGAUAGAAUCAAGCCAUGACCAGAGCCAGGAGAGACCAGGGGCGGACUGACAACUCAUGGGGCCCCCGGGCAAUAGGGGAUCAUGGGGCCCCUGUGUCCUUGCCCAAACUCAAAAUAGCCUAUGAAAAGGUACCAGGGGCAUCUCAUGGGGCCCCCUACUGACCCCGGGCCCUCGGGCAGUGCCCAAGUUUCCAAAUGGUCAGUCCGCCCCUG